AUGGAUCCGUCUGGCGUCCCUACUCUUUCCGCUUCCGCACCUCGGCUUAUUCCUGCUGUGGACAACACUCUGGGUGCCUUCCUUGUCGGUACCAGCAUUUCUCUGCUCUUGUACGGGCUUCUGGUCCACCAGGUGUUCCACUAUUUCCGGACGUUCCAUGACGACAAGUCUUUCCUCAAAAAAUGGGUGCAUUAUCAUCUUGCGUAUCCGAGAGUUACGUCAUCGGAGUAUCUCUUCAGCAAGUAUAUUCCUAGAUACCAUUACACGAUCACCAACUGGGCUAACCCAUUCAUCUUGGUGGAGCCAUUCCAGCCUAUCGUCAAGGUGUUGCCCGCGGUCGCGGUAAAAUUCCUCGAUCUCUUCCAGGCACUCACUCCAUUGUCGGUGGAGAUACCGCUCGUGGUCAUCGCCUCCGCUUUCGUCCUCGGCUUCUAUGACUUACAGGCAUACAUUUCGUUCAAGGAUCCUACUUCGUGGCUAUCCGGAAUUGGCGGGGUAUCGCUGGAAGUGGGCGACCUGAUCACGUCGAGCACGCUCGUGUACGUGUUGUACAAGAGUCGCUGUGGCAUGCGCCGUACUGACUCGAUCAUCGAGAUGCUGAUCAAGUACACGGUCACAACGGGAAUGCUGCUGUGCAUCUGCUCGAGUGUUACAAUCGCCAUGGACUUCAGAUUCUCGGAAAACAUGAUCGGAAUGUCCGCGGACGUAGUCAUUACCAUGGGUGUGUUCACGCUCUUCUCCCUUUAUGAACGCCUGAAUUCUCAGGCCGCAACAGUACACGCCUGCGUGUUCCUCGCAGCUUUGAACUCCCGAAGUGUGCUCACGAGCCUGGACAACGCCCCGACGUCCGUUUCCAAGCCUCAGCUGGACGCCCUCGCCCGCUCAGCCCGGUCCGAGAUGGUCUUCCGAACACCGGAGCGUCGCGCUGAGGAUUCCACGAAGCACGCGUUCGGCGGUGCGCGAUCGGAGUUGACCUCGAUCGCGCCGCUCUCCACCGUUGUGCCGUUCAGCCCGGACGAAACGUGUGGGAGUGACAGCAAAGUCUGA